AUGAAUAAAGAAAGUGAUAAUAAUAAUAAUAAUAAUAAUCAUGAACAACAAUCAUCUAUAAUAAUAAAAUAUAUUAAACAACCAUGGUUACUAAUAUUACAUAUAUGUAUUACAUUAAUUCUAUUAUUAUGUAAUACAUUAUCUAGUUGGUUAAUUAUUAUUGAUUUAAAUAAACAAAUCCCUGGUUUAGUAUAUGAUGAAAUAUCAAAAAUUCUAAUUCAUUAUUAUAUCUUAUUUAAUAUAAUUGAAUUAACUUUCAAUUUAAUAGAAUGUAUAUUAUGGUUUUAUAUAAUUCAAAAAAAAUUUAAAUUAUGGUUAUUUAUUGAUUGUAUUACAAUAAUCAAUAUUAUUAUAGCUGAAUUACCAUUAAUGAUUCUUAAUAUUUAUAUUAAUUCAUGUCAAGAAUCAAUAUUAUCAUAUAAUUAUAUUAUCAAAGGAAUAUUGAUUAUUUUAUUGAUUAGUUUACGUUUAUUCAUAUGUUAUAUUUUAUAUAUACAUAUAAAAUUAAAUGAUUCAUAUAUGAAAUUAAUGAAUAAUAAUGUCAUGAAAGAAAGUCAAUAUUUAUUAAAUAGUUGCCAUGACGAUAAUAAUAAUAAUAAUGAUAAUGAUACUAAUCAUUUCCUAUGGAAACAAAAUUAUUGGUUAUUAAUUCAAAUUUUAUUAUAUAUCAGUUUUUUUUGUUUAAUUAUAUUUAUUUGUAUAUUAUUUCAUUUAUUAUUGAUACAAUCGAAUCCAAGUUAUUAUUUAUUAUGGAAGGAUCAAAUGAAUUAUUCCAUAUAUGAUCUAAUAAAUCAUCAUUAUAUACAUGAUGUAGAAAUAUUUUUAGAAGAUAAUACAAAUACGAAUAAUAAUCAUAAUAAUAAUUCAACAUUAAAAUGGUUACAUUUAAUUAGUUUAAAACAAAUUAUACAUUUAAAAUAUUUAAAUGCGAAUGAAUCGGUCACAUUAAAAUUUUUUAAAUAUGGUGGGAAAAUUUUUAUUGAAUUUAAACAAAUUAUUAAAUAUAAUAAUAAUACAAAAGAACAUUGGAGUACAUGUUGGUAUAUUAUGAGUCAAGAUUUAUAUAAAGAAUUUAUAUGUCCAUCAUCACAACCGUCGUCAUCUCCAUCGUCAUCGUCGUCAUCAUCAUCCAUUCAAAAAAAGAUGAAAUUAAUUAAAGGUAUUAAAAUAGAUUUUAGUUAUGUUGAACCAUCAAAGAAACAACAUUUUGGUACAGUUUUAUAUAAUAUAACAAGAGUUACAAGUAAUCGGUAUAAAGUUCAAGAACACGAAUUAAAGUUAAAAUAUUUCCAAAACACAAUUGUUCAUUUUUCUUCUAAAAAAGCGUCGGGAUUACAAGGUAACCAUGAUCAUGAUGAAUGGUCAAGUGGUCCGUUUAGAUCAAACAAUCUUGAAGUUGAUGAUCAGCAGUACACAAAAUAUAAAAGUUCAGACCUUGUACCUAUUAAGGAAUUGUGGAAAACUGGUGUUGCAAAGUGUCAAAGUACUGCACCUAUAGGACCACAGAAGAUGUAA